UUUGUGCUUGACCUGAGCUUUUGAUUCAACUCCGGAAAACCAAAAGGAAUAAAAAAUGAGAGAGAGAGAGAGAGAGAGAGAGAGAGAACCCACCGGAAUCAAUGGUUGAAGGGAGGGAGGAGUUGAUGGUUCCACCAUCCGGCGGCAACCCAUUUCUGAAAUAAAACCCUACUUUCUCAACCCCACUUUGCCAACUUCCUCCAUUGAUACCCUCCUUCUGAGCUCCCUCAUAGUUUCUGCUCCAUCCCUUCCCGUUUCGAGCCAAAGAAAUUGCCUUUGAAUGUUGAGUUCCCAGGAUGGAGACAAGCCGCAAAAGAUUGGAAAUCUUGGUUCACCAAUCUACACAGAAGGAGGCUGGUAUCUAUGAAGCAAACCUUAAUUCUACGUACCAAACGAAACUAACCAGUUUGGUACACGGGUUUGCAGAGAAAUGGUGUCCUGAAACCAAUACGUUUAUUUUUUCAUGGGGUGAAGCAACAAUCACAUUGGAGGAUGUCAUGGUUUUAGGCUUUUUCUCGGUUUUGGGGGACUUUGUUUUAAGCCCUCUUGAAGCAACACAACUUAAAAAAAAAAAAUUGAAGAAAAACUACUUGAAGAGAGAAAGGAAUUUUACGGGAGUCCGACUAGGAAGCCUAGAACAAGCUUGUGGUUGAAGAAGUUCAUUAAGUGCGGGUACAAAUUUGAGCACGAAGCGUUUCUUGUGUAUUGGUUGUUGAGGUAUGUUUUUAACCACAAUGUUAUAAUACAACAGACCUGUAUUCUCCAUGGCAAUGCAUUUAGGUAGGGGGACUAGAAUCGUUCUUGCACCUGCUAUUCUUGCAAGCAUUUACAGAGAUUUGGGUUUGUUGAAAAGGAAAAUCGUAGCUUCAAACCAAUUGGCAAUAGGAGAUGCUGAUUUACAACUCACCCUUAAGCACUGUUCUAAAAAUCCCCGCCUAACGCCGCUUAGGUGCUAGGCAAUUGGGCACCGUCCCAAUUAGUCCCUAUGAGUUUGAAAAUUAAGAAAGUACGCCUAGACCCUCUUAGGCAUUCUAGGCGCCCACCUAAACAUGCCUAGGUCGCAACUCUCACUUAAACAGAAACUCAAAAACUUUCAUUUUGCAUUUUAA